AUGAUUGAAACGCCGCAUUCCUACCAUCAUCCAUACAAACCCAAACAGCGCUUUUCGCAUUAUAUCAAAACACCAGAUUUACAAAAUCUAUGCCCAGAUAUCGAAACAACGUGUCGAAAUGUGGAAAUCGACCAACCGACUCCGACAGCCGUCAUCCAUCAUCAUCAUUAUCUUUCACAACAAUCUACUCCAACUAUAACGGAAACAGCACAUCCACAUAAUGCAAAAGAAGAUUUCCGAUUGUCAUCAACGCCAACAACAUCGAUUAUUCCUCUAGCACAAUCGCAUGAUCUAAUGCGAUCGAAACCAUCUCCACCACUAACGCCUGUCAAAACUGAACCGAAUCUCGAGCCAAAACAACUAGUGGAGCAUCAAAAUAAUAAUGCUAACACCAUUGCAUCGUUAAUCAAAGCCAACUGCGGAAAAAUUCCGGGAUCAAUAACUGUACAUGUUCCAUGCUUAGUAUGUGGCGACGAAGCGAGUGGUUUUCAUUACGGUGUCAAUUCUUGUGAAGGUUGCAAGGGCUUCUUUCGUCGAUGUAUCACUCAGGGAAUGUCUCAUCGUUGUAACAAUACGGGUAAUUGUGACAUAACACCAUUUAGUCGAAAUUCAUGUCAAUACUGUCGAUUGAAAAAGUGUUUUGACGUUGGUAUGAGCCGUGAAGCAUCGCGACUCGGCCGGCGGCCUAAACGCCCACGAUCAGAUACAGUAAAUUUGAUCAAAAAUGAAAAAGAAUUCAGUUCGAUCCCGAUGAUGUCGCCGACGAAAACGUCCACCCUCGUUCGUCUACAGGAGAUACAACGGCAACAGCCGAAACAUUCUCUAAAUACGAACGAAGUUUUCCACAAACAACAAACGCCACCCGAAGAACGAGAUAAACAAUCUUCACCAACAAAUCGAACGGAUUCCGUUAGUUCUACUACAUCGAAUCUGCUAUCUUCACCGUACCGCGCACCAUCAGUUACAGUUGAAACACCGAAUUCUUCAACAUCGUCAUCUUCAACAUUUCCGGAGUGUCUUUUUCAACAUCGUCAGCCAAUUUCACUCGAUAUUCAUCGUGAAGUUGCUCGAAAGUUGACCUCGAUGUUGCUCUAUCAAGAGAAAUUGCUGACUGAUAUCGAAGUUAAAGAAAUGGAUCAUAUUGCUCAAGUUAUCAUCGGUGCUCAUCUACAAUUUUGUAUUUGUACAUUCGAGAAAAUUCAAGCCAAAAUCGAAGAAAAUCCACCCAUAUGGGCAGAUUCUGUGAGUGAUGAUCUCAAUUGUGAUCCCGCAUUAGUAUGGGCAAAUUGGCAAUUGAGUUUCCCAUUCGAAAGCAUCUUGCGAACAUUUAAAUAUUACACAUUUUUUCAACAAAUCUCACAGGAUGAUCAAAUUUGUUUGUUUCGACAUGGAGCUUUUGAAACAAUUCUUGUUAGCUGGUUUACUCUAUUCGAUGCUGAACAAAAACUAAUGCUCACACCAGAUUUUUCCGCUUAUAUGGAUCGAGACUUUAUUAAGACAAUCAAAACGUUAGGAAUUAUUAUGUUAGAAAUCUUUGACUUAGGAAUGAAGGCCAGCCAUCUCCGAUGGACGGAUAGUGAUAUUGCGCUAUUCAAUGCAUUGUUAUUGAUGAAUCCAGAACGACCAGAUCUGUGUGAUAAACAACUUGUUGGUCAAAUCGAAGCGAAAUUGAUGCAAGUGCUCUACAGACAUUUACGUUGCCACCAUCCAAAUGAGCCAAAUAUGUUUCUCGAUAUUCUUCAAUUGAUUCCCUCGAUUCAAGAAGUGAAUCAAAUUCACUUGAACGCUGUUCAAUACAUCAAACGACACGAACCACAGAUUUUCAAUUCUUUGCCUGACGUUCAUCGCGAAACAUACGAAGGUCUCUCGCCAUAA